GGAGUCACACUCGCCGCACGGUUUUCGAAAAGGUUUUCAAAAUGAAAGUGAACGACAAAAAGCGAUUGAGCGAUCGGGAAAAAAUGGAACGCCGCGAAAACAGGCGACACAAGCGGCAAGAUCGGUUACUGAAUCGCGUCAAACAGGAGUUCGAAGCGAUCGAGAAGGAGAAGGCAUGCACCGCAAAGGUUGAGGUUCCCACCGUGACCGAGGCCGACCAAGUCUCGACAGUCAGCAUCGCGGUGCCGGGCUCAAUCAUGGACAACGCACAAUCGCCCGAGUUGCGUACUUACCUAGCCGGCCAGAUCGCACGUGCCGUGUGCAUUUUCCAGAUCGACGAAGUGAUCGUGUACGACGAUUGCGGACCCAACAACCAGGUUACCGAUCGGUUGAGUACGAUCCACACAUCCGAGGGUGAUACUUCUGCACGGCGUUGCUGCAUACAACUGGCUCGAAUUCUGCAGUACCUGGAGUGCCCGCAGUACUUGCGGAAAUACUUUUUUCCCAUCCACAACGACUUGAAGUUUUGCGGGCUGUUGAAUCCGCUGGACUCCCAGCACCAUCUGCGGCAGCAGAGCGAGUUUGUGUUCCGGGAGGGGAUCGUUACCAAUAAGCGCAUCAAAGCGGACAAGGGUUCGUACGUGAACGUUGGUCUUCUAAACGACGUACGCAUCGACACGGUGCUCGAGCCAAAUCUGCGCGUGACAUUGAAAUUACCCGCUGGUGCGGACCUAAAGUCGAAGAAAAUACACGCCAAAGUAGUGCCGCCUUCGCAGCCUCGUCAAGAGACGGGUAUAUACUGGGGCUACACGGUUCGAAUCGCCAACUCACUGUCGCAAGUGUUUACCAAAAGUCCGUACCGUGGUGGAUACGAUCUAACUAUCGGUACCUCUGACCGGGGCUCGAACGUACACGAGGUAGAAGCGAAAAGCCUUUCCUACCGUCACGCGUUGAUCGUGUUUGGUGGAGUGCUCGGACUGGAACCGGCGUUGGAAAACGAUAACAAGCUCACGGUUGACACGGUAGAGGAUUUGUUCGAUGAAUAUUUGAACACCGUACCGAUGCAAGGUUCGCGUACCGUGCGCACAGAGGAAGCUAUUCUGAUUUCGAUGGCGGCGCUCGGCAACAAGUUGAAUCCUGUGAACGCUCCGAAAUCGUUUGUCAGCUUCGAGGCCAUUCCACAGAGCCAGGACACGGGCAUAAAACAGUACGCGUUCAACGAAAAGCGUUCAAAGGUGGAUUUGACGCAGGCUCCGUCAAAUACCUCUACGGUAACCCCGAAGAUUACUCAACCGCCUGUCGAUCCGUUCGGUGAUAUGUCGCGAUUUGAUUAG